UGCUAUCGCGGAAAUUUCUCGCAGCGAAUCACGUGAGGACACAGCUUCCCUUACUGCGCUUGUAUCUGCGGCCUUGGCUGUCGGAUUAGCACUUCGGGAUGACGCCGAGCAGCAGUCUUUUAAACCGGUGAAAACGCGAGCUUUUACCAAGGCUGAGGCUUUUUCGAUUGCACUGAGCGCUUUUUGCAUGGCACACAAACGACCCGAUGCUAUCCCGAUUCCUCGCAGACGCAGUUUACAUCUUUCAUUUAUUGAAACUUGCUAAUACGUCCUUGUCAAAAGGAGAAGACGGCGAUGAUCAGCAGCGAGAAUUUCAAAACGCAUUUUGGGUCAUCUACAUCAUGGAGAAGCCGCUCGCUAUAGCCCAGGGACGUGCUUCGAUCAUCGAUGAUAGGUUCUUCAAUCUACAACUUCCACAGAUCUUCGAUGAAGAUAAAGGCGCUUCUUGCUUCAUAAUCCAAUGUAGAUAUGCAAGAAUUUGUUCUAUCAUAUUGGUACAGCUUUACAGCCGAGAUGGGCAGGCACUCCCUCUCGAGGCAUUGAGCAGGAAGAUCUCGCUAUUAGAUCAGCUCACAGAGACAUGGAGAGACGAUCUGCGAAGCAUCUUCUGGCCUAACAGCGGCAUGAUUGAUAAAAGAGCUAAGAAAUCAAACUAUUUGUUUGACAUCGAAGCCAGAUGGUGGCUGCGUGGCUUGUAUCAGUACAACGAAGUGAAGUUGUGCCUUCAGGCGAGGAGACUCAUGUUCUUGCAAUCGGAGAACGAUUUGGAAGCUCGUGGGCGAGUCAUCUUAGCCUGCAUUCCAAUUGCAAAAGCUAUUGUGGACUGUAUGUCGGAUUCUAUCGGACGGAGCUUGAUAGUAUCUCAACAGUUUACAUGGCUUGUGAUGCUUGCUACGGGCGUCUUCUUUGUGGGCUCAAUGGAAAAGACUUGUCCAGACAUAUGGCCAUUAUCUAAGGUAGCUGGACUUUUGGUCCAACUGGCAACUGUACUCAGUAAGGAUGGUUGUGGAAGUGUCAACUUACCAGUGGCUGAGGUAUGGUAUCUAUUUAAUGUCGCUCAGCAGACAAGAGAAAAUAUGAGCAAUACAAUAGAUAAUUAGCAAGAAACAUUAUUACAAAUGCAUCCUGCAGCUUUCAUCACC